UAUACUAUUAUAUAUAUGUUAUAGGCACAGGGUUACUUUCAUAUUUUUUUGUUCAACAUCUGAAAAUUUGAGAGAGCCAUCUUUGUUCUUUUAACCUAGACCACUUAUAGACAAUCAGAGAUCAUCCUUUCCCAAAGAGAGAGAAAAAAAAUUCCAACUUUAUUUUUUCUUUCUCUUUUUAUAUAAACCAAGCAGUUAACUUGUUUCUGAUCUUCUGAAUCAUUUUCUUAGAAGAGAGAGAGAGAGAUCCCAAGUACUCUCAGGCUGCCAUGCUUAACCAGGGAGUUUUUGAGGAUCAAGAGAUGUCCACACAAGUGGGUUUCUUUUCUUUUCCUACAAACAUGACCAUACCUUCAUUUGGGUGCAAUCCAUCUCUAAAAACCCUAGCAACCAUGCCUCCAGUUUCAGCAGAUCAUGCAUCCACUGAAACCCUCCUCAUCUCUUCUGCAACUCCAAAGCAAAAAGAAGACUUCACCUCUCAUUUAUUAGGAGGUCCUCAACUUCUUUCCUUGCAUAGACCAACUGCAAAUCUCAGCUGGGCAUGGGGAGAGUUGAAUGAUUGCAUGAGCAAUAAGAGGAGUAGUGGUUGUGGUGGAGAUGAUCAUCAUCUUGGAGUUUCAUCAUUAAAGAUGAAGAAGAUGAAAGCAAGAAGGAAGGUUAGGGAGCCUAGGUUUUGCUUCAAGACCAUGAGUGAUGUGGAUGUGUUGGAUGAUGGUUACAAGUGGAGGAAAUAUGGUCAGAAAGUUGUCAAGAACACCCAGCAUCCCAGGAGCUAUUAUCGUUGUACACAAGAUAACUGUCGCGUAAAGAAAAGAGUGGAGCGAUUAGCAGAGGAUCCGAGAAUGGUGAUCACAACCUAUGAGGGAAGACAUGUACAUUCUCCCUCACACGACGAAGAUGAUAGUCAAGCUCCAUCACAACUCAACAAUUUCUUUUGGUAGUGUCUUUAAAACCUCCAUCAAUCAUCAUGGUGAUGAUGAACUGAGUUGUUGAACUAGCUUCUACUGUUUGGGAAUUUGAGAAUAAGAGUGCAAUACUGAUGUGUGUAAAAUUUAUAUAUAUAUAUAUAUAUAUAUAUAUAUAUAUGCCCUUACUUUGAUUUCUUGGUCCUCUUGCUGUAAUGUUUGGUAAAUAAAACCUUACUUUACAAUCAGGUUCAAACAAAUGCUGUAAAAUCCUUUUUUU